AUGCAGCUCUCUACACUUAUCCUGCCUCGCGCUGCUUCUUCCUCAGCCACCAAUACCGCAAUGGAGAAGGCUGGUGUCGGGCUGGAAUUUGUGCGUGGAUGGUACGAGAUCCUUGACCAACAGGGUACCUCCAGGGGUCAGGUUCUCAUGGCUGUCUAUCCACUGGCGGAGAAUGAAGAGAAUCCGCACGUCACAAGACUCUGUCCACGUUUGGAGGCUCUGCUUGAACCUGGUAGUGCUGUGCGAUUUCAGCAGAAACUCUUAGAACUUUCUAAUGAGCCUCGUGAGGUGGAGGCAACUCAAGCUGAAUCUCCACGCUCAGAACGACCUGGUAAGGGAUGUAAGAUGCACAAAGUCUCCCCCGAUCCAUCCCAAAAUGAACAGAAAGAGGAGAUCCUUCCCCCCUCUCCUUAUCGCACUCAGUAUAGCUCCACCACUGAUAACUUCCUCUUCCUUUGUGGGACCGGUGACAACAACUCCAAGAUUCGAACCGCCUCUUCAGCUUCAAGCAUCACAUCUAAAUCGGAUUCUUCUGAUGACGAAGAAGAAGACGAGCAAGCAGAGGUGCUGAUAAUUGAAGGCGACAGCAUGGAUGAGUGCGAAGAAAUAGAAGAGGACAGUAACUACUGGUUUUUUUUUCACCUUCUCCAUGUAGAUAGUAGUGAACAAAAGGAAACGGGGGCUAGGCAGCAUAAAAUCAUGGAUCAAGAAUGCACAGAGACCGGACACCUUCCACUGCCGCGUACUUCAACAUCCAAGUUGCCAGGAAAGGAAGCGUACGACGAUGACCGAACAAGCCUUGCUUCCUCCUCCUCUGCGUCUACAAUCGCCUCACUCGGUACCCAACUACUACUGAAGGAGCAUCUCGGUGAGCCAACUGGAAGUAAGUUAUUUAGCAAAAAUGUCCAAUCCACGGCACAAAAGGAGGGAAACGACUGUCCUUCCACGUGGUCGGCAUCAAGUACAGACGUGGAAGAAUAUCUGCAGCGUUUCCGGCAAGAUUUGACAGAUCAACCGAAGUUUCCAACGAUAAUGCCUAGUCCAAGGAAAUUAGUAAUUUCCGAGGAAGAAGCUGAGACUCUAACCUCUCUUCAAACUCAUGCCUGCAUCGCCCGUACAAUAUCAACGAGAAGCACAGAAGACCGAAGAACUGAAGCUGAUGUAGAGUCCGCAGAAUACGACGAACCAACAGGAGUUGGUGAUCUGUUGGACGAGGAUUCCGCAUCGGAUAGUGCAACCAUCUCGAUGAAACCACCCAGAAAAUUUAUGCCCAAUUGUUCAGAUGAUGCACCAUGGAGGGAUGCCAACGCUCCUGUUUCACACUGUCACCUGCAAGCCCUCAAACUAGCUCGGAAGGCGGCGGAGUCCGUAAGGCUUCAAAAGCCUCCCAGAGUGAACUCGCCAUCACGCCUCUUGGGUCAAGAAUUUAUCGAGGUGAGGAAAAUCUCGUGCAACAUUGAAAUACCAGAACUCUGUGGACUGGGUAUAACUACCUCGUCUGACACACUCUCUAGGAUCCAAUUCGUCAACGAAUCCACGCAAAUUUAUCUUCCCUGGUUCGGAAGACCAUUUCUACAACAGGUGAUCGUUUGCAGCGGUCAGAAGCUACGGCGGCAGCAAUUUUAA